CGGGGCCCGUCGGUGUCUGCGGGCUCCUCCCCGCGGCCGGGCCGGGCGGCGGGACCCGGAGCCAUGGGGCUGCUGUCGGACCCCCACUGCCGGCGGGCGCUGUCCCGCCUCGUCGUGCGCCUCAACACCCCGCUCUGCGUGCUGAGCUACGUGGCGGGGCUGGGCUGGUUCCUGGCCAUGGCGCUGCCGCCCCUCGCGCCGCGCACCUACAUGUCGGAGAACGCCAUGGGCUCCACCAUGGUGGAGGAGCAGUUCCCGCACGGCGAGCGCGCCCUCGCCUACGCCCGCGACUUCGCCGCGCAGAAGAAGAAGGCGGGGGGCAUCCCCGUGGCCUGGUUGGAGAAGACGAUGUGGGGCCUGGGGCUGGAGGUGUACAAGCAGCCCUUCGCCCGCACGCUGCCCUUCCCCGACGAGAGCCGCGAGCGAUACAUGGUGAAGGGCACCAACGUCUACGGGAUCCUGCGGGCGCCGCGGGCGGCCAGCACCGAGUCGCUGGUGCUGAGCGUGCCCUGCAGCGAGGGCACGCAGAACAGCCAGGCCGUGGGGCUGAUGCUGGCCCUGGCCGCCUACUUCCGAGGUCAGAUCUACUGGGCGAAGGACAUCAUCUUCCUGGUGAACGAGCACGACCUGCUGGGCAUGGAGGCCUGGCUGGAGGCCUACCACGACGUCAACGUCACCGAGAUGCAGUCCUCGGGGACGCUGGGCCGCGCCGGGGCCAUCCAGGCGGCCGUGGCGCUGGAGCUGAGCAGCGACGUGGUCACCAGCUUCGACGUGGCGGUGGAGGGGCUGAACGGGCAGCUGCCCAACCUGGACCUGGUCAACCUCUUCCACGCCUUCUGCCAGAAGAACGGGCUGCUCUGCACCAUCCAGGGCAAGCUGCAGCGCUCCGACUGGGACACGCUGCCCGCCUACGCGCACAGCCUGCAGACGCUGCUGCUGAUGGUGCUCAAGCAGGGCUCGGGGCGGCCCCAGGGCGACCACGGCCUCUUCCUCCGCUACCACAUCGAGGCCAUCACCGUGCGCGGCAUCAACAGCUUCCGGCAGUACAAGUACGACAUGACCACCGUGGGCAAGACGCUGGAGGGAAUGUUCCGGAAGCUCAACAACCUCCUGGAGCGGCUGCACCAGUCCUAUUUCUUCUACCUGCUGCCCUCGCUGUCCCGCUUCGUCUCCAUCGGUGUCUACAUGCCAGCCUUCGGCUUCCUCAUCCUCGUCCUCGUCCUCAAGGCCCUGGACCUGUGGAUGCAACUCAACAAAUGUGAGGCGGCCUCGGCCGAGCGGCUCUGGGACGGGGACCAGGGGGCUGCCCACGCUGCGGCGGAGGAGCCGCGGCCGGGCCUGCUGGCCCUGGUGCCGCCGCUGCUGGUGUGCCAUGCCGCCGGGCUCGCCCUCUACCUGCUGCCGGUGCUGGGGCAGCGCGUGGCCACCCAGCACUUCCCCGUCUCCGAGGCAGAGGCCGUGGUGCUCACCCUCAUCGCCAUCUACGUGGCCGGCAUGGCGCUGCCCCACAGCGCCCACAGGGCACUGCCGGGUGGGGGAAGCGACCGGGGCUGGAUGACGCUGAAGCUGCUGGCGCUGCUGUACCUGGCCGCCCAGCUGAGCUGCGCCGCCCUCCUCAACUUCUCCCUGGGCUUCCUCCUGGCUGCCACCAUGGUCCCGGCCGCCGCCGCCGUGCGUCCCACCGGCCCCAGGCCGGUGCUGGCGGCGCUGCUGGUGCUGUCGACGCCGGCCGUGACGCUGCUGCUGGGCAUCUUCCUGCACCGCGAGCUGGAGGAGCGGCCGGCGGGGCUGGCCGAGGGCUGGCAGCUCUUCCUGCAGGCGCUGGCCGAGGGGCUGCUGCAGCACCACCUGUACGGCGCCCUGCCCUUCCCCUUCCUCGCGCUGCUCACGUACCCCUGCUGGCUGCUGCUCUGGAACGUGCUCUGCUGGAAGUGACCGGCGGGCGUGGACACACGGGUACAGACAGACACAUGGACGGAUGGACACACGGACAGACACCGUGGCAUGGAUGGAGGGACAGAUAGACACGGGCAGAUGGAGGACACGUGGACAGAUGGACACGGAUGGACACACGGACAAGGGGGGGAGUGGAGGUGUCUUGGGGUGGGCUCAGCCCCCCGGGGAAGUGCUGGGGGGUGCCCACUGCGCGCAGGCCCGGUGCCCCCAGUCCUGUCCCGAUUCCUCCCAGUUCCCCCCGGUGCCGAUACCCCCCGCUGCCCCCCGUCCUGUCCGGCUUCUCCCCGGUGCCAGUACCCUCUGGUCCCCCCAGUCCUGUGCCUGUACCCCCUGGUGCUGGUACUCCCUGGUCUGGUCUCAGUACCCCCCGGUGCCAGUUCCCCCC